AUGAUUAAUGAGUUGAGCCUCCAUAGGAAUGACUACUUGAAAUUGUAUGGGGGUGAUGAUCGUUUGGCUUAUAUCACAAAUGCACUCUUGCUAUCAAAGAGAAAGACUAGGAGGCACGGUGUUGCAUUAAUCGAAAAAUGGUUAACGUUUCCGGAUAUGGGGCAUAUUGUAGCCACUGUUUUAGGUAAAGUUGUCGUGAAAUUGACGAAACAAGGAGCAUCUGAGACAUUUUUCUCAUUGCGUGGCAUCCCAUCAUCUAACCCUUCUUCACUAAUUAUUUGUCUUGGAGCUAUCCCCGGUCAUUAUAUCUAUGUCAAGUUGAAAGAUGAUUGUCCGAUACCUCCGACGUGCAUUCAGUGGAAGAGCCAUUGUUCUGCGGAAGCUAUUGUUUGGGAGUCAUUUUUUGUUGCUCGGCAGGCUAAAUUUGAUAAACUUAUGAAAUGA